AAGUGAAAUCACAACACCAUCAUCGAGUCCAAGCGGGAAAAAAGUCAAAAGAUCAACAGUGCAGAUGUAAAUGCAGAUUCAGUCCAGAUUGUGCUUCCGAGAAGACUAAAAACGCUCAAUGACGCGAUGUCUAUAAGCUUCAGUUCGGUUUGUUAAAAGCAGCAUUCGCAAUGCUCUCUACAUAAAGGCUGCCACCACCACCGGCAUAGAAGAGGGCAACUUAAACGAAAACUUUAUUUUAACACCGGCUUACCUCGAUAAUAACGCUUCCGUUUAUUGGCGUACAGCUUAUAUGUUUAUAUAAACAUGUAUUUAUCGGUGUAUUUUGAGUACGCUCCGGAUUGCAAACUAGAUGCGCGAGAUGAAGAAUGCUGUUCCAGACACGUCUAACGAGUAAACGUCUAACAUACAGGAAGUAUCAAAUAACUAACACUAACUUCAAACCUCAGAAAACGUCUGAAUGUCGUCGGACAGGUGGACAUGGACCCUGACAGGAGCGACAGCGGUGUGUGUUUUAGCGGUGUAUGUGGCCUCGGCGCCGCGCGCUGUGCCCGGUGGAGACUCAGGAGAGCUGAUCACUGCUGCUUGUGAGCUGGGGGUGGCCCAUCCUCCAGGAUACCCUCUCUUCACCAUGUUGUCUUCUCUGAUGCUCUCACUGCUUCCUCUCAGUUCUCCGGCUCACAGUAUCAAUGUCCUGUGUGCUGUCUUUGGGGCCGGGGCUAGCGGAGCCCUCUGCUUCACUGUCUGCAGGGUGGCGGGACCUGGUCCAGGGGCCGUCCUGGCUGGUGGAGUGUUUGCAGUGUCCAGGCUGGUAUGGCAGUGGUCGGUCGUGGCUGAAGUCUUUUCUCUUAACAACUUGUUUGUGGGCGUCCUCUUCUCCCUCUCAGCCUGUUUCCACUGUGCAAAGAGUGUUCAGCAGAAGAAGAAGUUUGCUCAAUGGGGGGCGCUGUUCUGUGGGCUGAGCCUGUGUAAUCAGCACACACUGGUCUUGUAUGUCAUCAUCAUUAUUCCCUGGGCCCUCCUGCACCUCUACACUCAUAAUGGUUUGUCCUUUAUCGGUCUGGUGUCUUUGGGGAUGUGUUUUCUGGCUGGCUUUGUGCCCUACAUCUACCUGCCCAUUUCCUCCUACCUCAACAGAGCUCGCUGGAGCUGGGGAGACCAGACGUCUCUCCACGGCCUCCUCACACACCUGCUCCGAGCUGAAUAUGGCACCUUCAGCCUGGCAAAAACAGAUGAAAAUUUGAGCCUCCAAAAUAUGUUCCGGGCUCAGUGGAAUCACUGUGUGAGUGAUCUGUCUUCCCCAGUCCUAGCACUGACACUUCUAGGCAUUUUGCUGUCUUCCCGGAGCAGACUGCGCUGUGUUUUUGUCUGGUUGAUUGUCACCAUGGUGGGCAUCUACUCCGUGUUCUUUGCCUGGAGAGCAAACCUGAACAUCGAGAAGCCUCUUCUACUGGGAGUGGUGGAGCGCUUCUGGCUGCAGGCUGAUGCUGGGCUGUGUGUUCUGGCUGGUCUGGGUCUGAGCUGGGCUGUGUGUUGGCUGGACGGGCGUCUGAGUCGGGGGACGGUGUGGAACACAGGAGCCUGGAUACUCACGGCAGGCCUCAUCACACACAUGAUCCGUUUAAACCACAGAGAGUGUGAUCAGAGCGGUAAUGACGUCGUGGACAGGUUUGCCCGUGAGGUUGUGAUGUCAUUUCCGGAGGGCUCGUUGGUUCUGACUCGAGGUGAUCUCCCGGGAAACACGCUUCGCUACCUCCACUACUGCCAGGGUGUCCGGCCCGACCUCAGCCUUGUUGACCAGGAGAUGAUGACGUAUAGCUGGUAUGUGGCAAAACUCCAGAAGCACUUGCCCGGAGUCACGUUUCCUGGCCGCUGGUGGGAUCCGGUCAACGCCACAGAAAAGGAAACUUUCAGCAUUGAGCAGUUUCUCAAGCACAAUAUGCACAGGCCUGUGUUUGUGUGUAUCGGUCUAACUGAGGGUGACCCCAGCUGGGAGAGGAGUUUCUCUCGUUGGCCCUGGGGCGUCUGUGAGCAGUUGGUACCUGUCAAGACCCCUUUUGACCCUGAAAAAUGGGCCCAAAAAACUCUUGACCUUUACAACUGGAGCCAGUCACAUGACAGCUUCCACCCUGGCUCCUGGGAGAGAGUUGCCAAUGAGGAGAUGUGGCAGGCCAGGAUGAAGACAGCCUUCUUCCUAUUUGACCUGGCUGAGAACACGGAGAGAGAACAGCAGGCCCGUCUCUAUGAGAUUUCUUACUAUCUGUAUUGUCAAAUAGUGGAUGCCCAGGUAGACUACCCAGCGAAUUGGGAUAAGAACCUGGCUCUUGCCGCAGAACGUCUUCUCCAAUCAGGGGGCAGAGGUUACGGUCUGGAUUCCCUCCUAAGUCGCAGCAUCCGCCACUUCAGCCGUUACCUUCAGAGAGAACCCACCGAUCCCCAGAGCAAAGCCAUCCGCUCCGUCAUCUCACACCUCAUGAAAGAGCGGGACAAAGUCAGAGACAGGCGGAAGGGUUGACUCAGGAAGAGACAGAAAUUGUCUGAAACAACUCAGAGCCUUCAAAACCCCUUCGACACAUAAGUGUAGAUAGCACAAGAAGGUAAGAGGGAGGGUUAUAAAUAUAAAGAGAAAAGAGAAAAUACAUAGACCAUGUUUAUUUUACAAACACUGAGAUUCAUCUCACAGCAAAAUGAACUCAAAAUGGGCCAAUAUGUGAGAGGUUUAUACUAAGAUCUUUUAUAUUGUAGUGUAUGAGCUACUUAUCCAUAACCGCAUCAUUGUAACAUUCAUUUAGUUUAAUUUCAUUAACAAUAUUAUUUAUUAAACAAAAAAUAAAAAAUCAGGGAUUAGGGAAUAUUUCAUUUUUAUUGUAAUCCUUAGCCUGUCCUACAUGAGGAGAAUUUCCUCAGUGAAUGUAAGGGACUCAAACUUCUGAACUGAAUCUGAAGUGGAACUCUAAUAGAAUUUGCUAUAUUUGUGUGUGUGUGUCUCUUUUGUAAUAAAAUUUCACACUUUCAAUAUGUUAA